AUAUACAACCCCACCUGAAAAAAAAAAAGGAAAAAAAAACUCGUUCUGUUUUCCCUGUUACUGAUCCGCCAACCACAAAACCCUAACCAGUGAGAAAGAGCCAGGAUCAUCCCUAUAUACAAGAAGAAGAAGAAGAUUCUCCAUCUUUCUCUCUAACUUCCGAUCCCUUUCUCCGUUUUUUCAGGGUUUUGUAUCGAUCUACAAUGGCGGCUCCGGCAGUAUCACCACCAGCAGCUCAAGUUGGGCAAGCUUUCGUUCUGCAGUACUAUCAGAUACUGAACCAGUCACCAGGGCUUCUUUAUCGAUUCUAUCAGGAUGAUAGUAAACUUGGCCGUAUCGAAGAUGAUGGUUCGAUGAGCAUUACCACCACCAUGGAUGAAAUUAAUGCAAAAAUAAUGUCAGUUGACUAUGAUGAAACCAGAGCUGAGUUCAAAACUGUUGAUUCACAAGAAUCUUUAAAUGGUGGAGUCUAUGUUCUAGUCACUGGAUAUAUGACCGGAAAGGAUAAUAGUGUCCAGAACUUCACACAAGCUUUCUUUCUAGCACCUCAAGAGAAAGGCUACUAUGUGUUGAAUGACAUAUUGCGUUUCAUGGAGAGUGCUGAUUAUAGUGAAGGAGACCUCGCUCCUGCUGUGGAUGUGGAGGCUCCUGUAAUUCAUGAGAAAGCACCUGAAGUUGUUCCAGUGCCGGAGAGUAAUGUUUCUGAGCAAGCUGUUGUAUUGCCAGAUGAAUCUGAUGCAGAAAAGGUGGUUCAUGUGGAUAAUGGAGAUGUACCUACUGCAGAGGAGGAAGAUCCAGUUUCUGAGGUUGUUGAAGAAGUGCCGGAUUCAUCCCAGCUGGUUGCUGAAUCUAAUGUCAAAGUCGAGGAACAGCCGAAGAAGUCGUAUGCAUCUAUUGUAAUGGACUAUAAGCAGAGCAGCAUCUCUUUCUCAACUCCAGCUCCUGCAGCGAGGAAAGCUCCUACAAAGAAACAGGAACAUUUGAAUAAUGCUCCUCCAACUGCUGUAGCUGCUGAACCAGUGGUUUUGAAUGUGGAUGCUCCUGAAAAUGGUAAUCACGAGGAAGAAGCUGAAGGCUUCUCCGUCUAUAUCAAGAAUCUUCCAGUGAGUGCCACAGUUGCCAUGGUAGAGGAGGAAUUCAAGAAGUUUGGACCUAUUAAGCCUAAUGGCGUUCAAGUUCGGAACAACAAGCAGCCACAGGGAUUUGGUUUUGGAUUUGUCGAGUUCGAGGUUCCUGAAGCAGCUCAAAAGGCGAUUGAGGCUUCACCAGUUACAAUCAAUGGACGCAAUGCUGUUGUUGAAGAGAAACGAUCUUCUAUUAGAGGAGGAAACCGUGGAAGAUUUGUAGCUGGAAGGGGACCCGGGUUCAUCAGAAGCGAUGGCAUGAGAGGUCGUGGAAACUAUGUUGGCGGCAGGGGUUUUGGUCGAGGUGGUGAUUUUGGUGGCAACAGGAAUGACUAUGGUUUCAGAGGUAACAGCCGUGGAGGAGGUUCAAACCGUGGUGGUGAUGGAUAUCAAAGAGACAACAAUGGUGGACGUGUGAACCGUGGACAGGAUGUUAAUGGGACUGCCAGAAAUACAGCACAAUGAGAGUUCUCUUUGGUGAUUCACUGAUAACACAUAAUUUCAAGAGAUAUGAUUGGUUGAUUUUUGGCUUCAAAUUUCAAAAUUGCAGUGGUGAUAAUAGAGACGGAUAGAAAGAGUUUGUUUUUUAGUUUUUAUUUUUUGGCAUUACUAUCAGUCUAUCACUGUAUAGUAGUAGUAAUCGGUGAUUGUUAUGCUCUCUUAUCAACAAUUGCUAUCGGGUUUUUGACGGGGGAUUUAAUGAUUUAGAUCGGGCAUUUUGUUAGGUGUAAACUACAGUAUGGGUAUUGUGUAGUAAUCUAUGUUUUCUUAGUAA